GGCACUAUUAGAUAUACACGCUAUUUUCUUUUAAUAUUUAUUUAAAUUAUGACUGUUACAUUGCUUAAUGAAGCAGUUGAUGCAUCUUCUUUGAAACCUCGUCAUAUUCAAAAAGAUACAGCCCUUUUAAUCAUGCCACCUUUGGCUGGCCAUGAAGGACCCAUAUUUGGUGAAUUGAGUGUUUGUGAAGAUCAAUUGUAUUUUUAUUCUGAAGCUGCAAACUCUGGUAUUGCUGUUGAAUAUCCUGACAUCAUCAUUCAUGCCAUUUCAAGACAAGAUGGCCAACCCAACAUUUAUUGCCAACUCAAUGCUGGCAUAUUUUUCCCAAAUCAACAAUUGCCUGAGAAUGAAGAAGAAAGAGAAGAUAUUGUUACUGAGUUGCGUUUAAUUCCAAGAGAUAGUGGAGCUUUAGAAGGGAUUUAUAUGGCCAUGUCAGAAUGUGCAGCACUUCACCCUGAUCAUGAAUUUAUGGCCGAGCAAGAGGAUUAUGAAGAUGAAGAAUUCUAUGCUGAUCCUAGUGACGAAGCAGAAUUAAAUGAAGUACAGCAAGCUGCUUUACGACACUUGGAAUCUGUGUUCCAACCAGCACCUUCUAUGAAUGGACAUGUAGAAGAGUUUGAGGAUGCUGAAGAGAGUCACCAUCAGUCACAAUAAAAAAAAAAAAAAAGUAACUUAACUAUAAAAUUGUAAAAUAAAUAAUUAUAAUUAUGUCUCGAGAAUAAUAAUUACAACGGCUAAUUAUACAUACAAAAAUAAAUAAUGUGAGGAAGUGUUCAAUACAAU